CGCGGCUGCUCGGCCAGGGUCGGACAACCGGACACGGCGGCGGCUCCGGCGAUAUGUGCGGCCAACGGGGAGGCAUUUGGCUGCUUCUGGCCGCGGCGCUGCUGCAAGUGUCCCUGCAAGGAGAGUUCCAGAGGAGGCUGUACAAGGAGCUGGUCAAGAACUACAACCCACUGGAGAGGCCGGUGGCCAACGACUCGCAGCCGCUUACCGUGUACUUCUCCCUGAGCCUCCUGCAGAUCAUGGAUGUGGAUGAGAAGAACCAAGUUUUAACCACCAACAUUUGGCUGCAAAUGUCUUGGACAGAUCACUAUUUGCAGUGGAACAUGUCCGAGUACCCCGGAGUGAAGAACGUUCGUUUCCCAGAUGGCCAGAUUUGGAAACCAGACAUUCUCCUCUAUAACAGUGCUGAUGAACGGUUUGAUGCCACAUUCCACACCAAUGUCUUGGUAAAUUCAUCUGGGCAUUGCCAGUAUCUCCCUCCAGGCAUAUUCAAGAGCUCCUGCUACAUCGAUGUGCGCUGGUUCCCUUUCGAUGUGCAGCAGUGCAAACUGAAGUUUGGGUCCUGGUCCUAUGGAGGGUGGUCCCUGGAUCUGCAGAUGCAGGAGGCAGAUAUCAGCAGCUAUAUCCCCAAUGGAGAGUGGGAUCUCAUGGGAAUCCCUGGCAAGAGGAACGAGAAGUUCUAUGAAUGCUGCAAAGAGCCAUACCCAGAUGUCACCUAUACAGUAACCAUGCGCCGCAGAACGCUCUACUAUGGUCUCAACCUGCUCAUUCCCUGCGUGCUCAUCUCAGCCCUGGCUCUGCUGGUAUUUUUGCUCCCUGCAGACUCUGGGGAGAAAAUCUCCCUUGGAAUAACUGUCUUGCUUUCUCUGACCGUCUUCAUGCUGCUUGUGGCUGAGAUCAUGCCUGCAACAUCUGAUUCUGUGCCUUUGAUAGCACAGUACUUCGCCAGCACCAUGAUCAUCGUGGGCCUGUCUGUGGUGGUGACAGUGAUUGUGUUGCGAUAUCAUCACCAUGACCCUGAUGGUGGCAAAAUGCCCAAGUGGACCAGGAUUAUUCUUCUGAACUGGUGUGCAUGGUUCCUGCGCAUGAAGAGGCCCAGGGAGGACAAGGUGAGGCCAGCCUGUCAACACAAGGCUCGACGCUGUAGCCUGGCCAGCGUGGAGCUGAGCGCAGGCGCUGGGCCACCCACCAGCAAUGGCAACCUGCUCUACAUUGGCUUCCGAGGCCUGGAGGGCAUGCACUGUGCGCCAACUCCAGACUCUGGGGUUGUGUGUGGUCGUUUGGCCUGCUCUCCAACACAUGAUGAGCACCUCCUGCGUGGUGCACACCCCUCUGAUGGGGACCCUGACCUGGUCAAAAUCCUGGAAGAGGUCCGCUAUAUCGCCAACCGCUUCCGCUGCCAGGAUGAGAGUGAAGUGGUCUGCAGUGAGUGGAAGUUUGCAGCCUGUGUGGUGGACCGCCUGUGCCUCAUGGCCUUUUCUGUCUUUACCAUCAUCUGCACCAUUGGUAUCCUCAUGUCGGCCCCAAAUUUCGUGGAGGCUGUCUCCAAAGACUUUGCUUAAUAUCACUGCAUGGGAGAUAGGGAACGUAUCUGGAGGGUGAGAAUUGGGGUCCUAACCCGAAGUGGAACAACUGAAGAAUUUGUGUAGCUGUCAGUCUUGAGACUUAGUUUCCUGGUUACUUUAACUAAAAAGAUUUCUGCACCCUUCUGUUUUCUUCUCUUACACUUACCAUUGGCAUAGCCUUGUCCUCAGCAGGGGCACUAAGUGGUCAUUAGCACUGUCUGGACAGCCCUGCAGGACAGAUCUCAGUGGUUCUAGUCAGCCAGUAGAGGCCUGUCCCGUUGGUGUUGCAUGCCUGCAUGCCCCUUGUCACAGGCUCACACAAGAAUUCACUGUCUGCCUGUGCCGUGCACAGACCUGAGUGAAAAGCCAGUCUAAGCAGCACUCACUGAGUCAAUUUCAACAACGUUCUUGGAAAAGGAAAGCAAACACAAAUUCAAUUCUCUGCAGGUUUUGCUAUGAUUUUAAUUUUUUUUUAUUUUUGUCUUUACCAAUUACCAACUUUAUACUGGUGAGAAUGUUGGCCUGCUACAUGAAAUUUUGAUCAAGCUGAUUCCUGUAGAUCUGUACUGUCAGUUCUAAACUAGGACUAAUCCUAGCCAAAAGCAUUUGGAGGCUGUGGCCCCUGUAGAUCCCAAGCUUCAUGGUAUGUCCCUCUCCUGAGAGGUUAAGUGAGUCCGUUUUAUUGGGCAAAAUCUGUAGGACAAAUAGAGUUCUGAGUGUUAACCAGCAAGUAGCUGACGCUGAGCUAAACCUUUUUGUGCGUGUUUUUAAAAUAAGAGUGUGUUAGUUGCUCUGCAUGUCAUGCUUCACUAGCCUCAGAAGUCUGUGUGUCUGUACAAGAGUGCACCAAGUGAACAUAUCCUGUCGCUUCCCCCCUUGUUGGGGCUAGAGGGAAGCAGGUGAGGCCCUCUGCGCUACUUUGUGCCCAGAGCUGGGGAGGGGUGAUGUAGUCCGUCUGGAUACCAAGCUAGUGCCAUCAGGAUCUGGCUUCCUUCUGGGAGCCGCCUUCCCAUGGCUUCAGGCGUGAAGUUGACUCAGUCAGUGCAUGGAUCCAACAGGGUGUUGUUGUGUGUAUGCUUUUCUCUUCCAAGUUAGGGUCUCACUCUGUAGCGCACACUGGUCUGUUUGUAUUUCAUCUCUUGUUUGUUAAUGGGGUCUGAGGUUUCUUCAAGAAAAGCUCCUCCAAAAAAUUAAUCUUACAGCCCCAGAGAUGGAAUCAUAAAAUCAUGAGGGAUGAUUAGUUUUCUCAAAACAACAAACAAUACCACAAAACCAAACCAACACUUUUCCCAGCCAUUAAUUAGAUGAAGGCUUGGUGAUACCCUGUGUGUAUGUGGGCGUGUGUGUGUGUGUGUGUGUGUGUGUGUGUGUGUGUGUGUGUGUGCGUGUGUGUGGCUGAAAAGAGGAAAUAGUAUAGAGAGAUGUGGACAAAUACGGAGACUUUGUUGAUUUCACCACUCACCAUCUGUACCUGGGUCUUUCCCAACAUGCAUCUGUUACAUCCAGUAUCAACAAAUGAUGCACAGUAUUUUUUUUUUGCUGGUAUUAUGUUUUCUUAUUAAAGUAAGUGUUAUGUCUUUUAUUAAAGUAAUUGGAAACAAAUAAGUGUGUUCUGAAACCUUAAGACCAGGUUUUUGUGUCUUACUGUUAGUUAAAAAUCAAACGCUAGCCUUUGCUUUGACUAUCUGACAAUUAUUGACACUGUAAAAAUAAUGAUAAAAACUAGCUGUGCUCAUAGUUAGAAGAUGUAUGUGGUUCAAAAUUGUCUCCCCCUAGCUCCCAUUUCCUCCUAGGAACAGUUUUAGAGACGAAAAAGGAAAGGUGGUGACAGAAAGAAGGAGGAGAAGGUAGAGAGACUUUGUUGUUGCUUUUCUAGAGCUCGUGCUUGAAAGGUGCUUUGUCCUAGAGAGCUAGUGUUUUGUCCUAUAGAGCUUUCCGUAAUGACAUCUAAAGGUCUACCUCAUUCCUCUUAAUAGCUGCUUAGUGUUCCAUUCCAUCUGUGGCUUACAAUUCGUUGAGUUAGGCUUUUAGCUGUGAACACAUAGCUACAAUAUUUCCAGGUUUUAUUUUUAUACACAAGUCUGUAGUUAGCAUUUUGGUGCAUACUGUGCCAUAUUUUUUGUGACUGUAUCUUGGUAUAAAUUUCAGUUUAGAAAUGGACCUACUGGGUGUAAGACUAUGCGCAUUAGACUUUUAAUAAAUAUUUCCAGAUGGUCCUCUGUGAAUUGGUCAGUGGAUACCCCCACCCAGAGUACAGUUUAAAGGGCCAGAUUCUCAGCUUUCUGGUGUUAAAUGUUUGCAUAUUUAAUUUUUCCCUUCCCAAUCUAUCUGGGCAAAAAUGAUGCGGCAACAAUAUUCUGAUUUUAGUUCAUUUUACCAUGAGCAAGGUUGAAUUUUUCAAAUAUAUUUUGGUAAUUUCAAUUUUAUAUUUCUAUUUUAUAAAAAUGUCAGUUACUUUAUUCUUUGAAUUUUUAUUUGGCAUUUAUUUUUGAUGCUAUUUAUUGACUGUGUAUUUAUUGACAUAUAGAAAAUUUAAAACUCUAUGUUGCUAGUUUAUUCAUAUUUCCCUUUGUAGAACAUGAGAUUGCCCUCUAGGAGGUCUUCUCCAUGUUGAGUUUACAAAUAUAUUUACUCAUAUUUUCUCUCUAAAACAAUAUUUUCAUUUGUUUACCUUUAUAACUUUUCAUUCAAGAUUCAUUCUAAGAAAUUAUAAAGAUCUAGUUAUUUUUCCCCAAGCGUGGCUACUGGUACACCAGGCAUAUAAUAAAGCCUUUCUGUAAUACAAUGAAAGUCUUGACUCCUUUUGGAUUCUCACCUUCUGUGGAAAUUAAGUUUCUUUAAGUGCUGUUCUGCCUUGUUGAUUAAUCCUCCUCAAUGCUGUUGAUUUCCAAAGCUUUACUCAUAUUAGUAUGAAUAUUUUUAAGUGGAUGCUCUCAUCUGCUCCCUCCCUUUUACUCUCUGUGUCAGAAGCAUCUGAUUUACACAGCGGGUCUUCCUGUUUGGGAACUCCACAAUUUCAGCUUGUAUUCAAACCUAAUUUUAUGUAGUCAGUAGGACUAUCCAGAAAAGUCCUAUGAAUUUCUUGCUGUUCAUUUCUGGGUAUCUUAUCAAUUGGUUGCCAUUUUCAGUCGGAUGCCUUAAUUUUGUUAUCUAGCCGAAUGCACAGGAAAGUAGUUGCGUUUUGUAUGUUAGUCAUCAUAAUUGUGAUCAUUUUGUUUCCAAGAUAUUCUUUUAAGUUGUCCUUCCUUUGUUUCUUUUUCUAAUCAGUUGCACUUGAGAACAGUAAUUGGCUUGUUUGCAUAUUGUCUUGUUCUUGUUCUCAGUGACCCCCAAUUUUACUUGUAUAAAGACAUGUAUUUUUUUCAUUAUAAUAAAAAUUAUCCAUGUAUCCUCUCAA